AGCUUCAGUUGGAGUUCUCAUUGGCAAGGCUGGUGAUACUAUACGGUUUCUACAAAUCAAUUCAGGUGCCAAGAUUCAGAUCACAAGGGAUGCUGAUGCUGAUCCAUAUUCUGCCACCCGGCCUGUGGAGCUAAUAGGAACUUCGGAAAAUAUAAACAUGGCUGAGAAACUGAUAAAGGAUGUUAUAGCUGAGGCUGAUGCGGGGGGGGGUUCCCCCUCCCUUGUGGCUAGGGGUUUCGGUAUGGUACAGGCUGCUGGCACUGUGGAACAAGUUCUCAUACAAGUUCCAAAUGAGAAGGUUGGUGUAAUCAUAGGUAAAGGUGGGGAGACUAUUAAAAAUCUGCAGACGAGAUCAGGGGCACGCAUUCAGUUGAUACCACAACAUCUUCCUGAUGGGGACCAAUCUAAAGAAAGGACAGUGCGCGUGGCUGGUGAUAAGAAGCAGAUUGAGAUGGCAAGAGAAAUGAUAAAGGAAGUUAUGAAUCAGGCUGGGUGCAGCUGCAGUGCAUUGGACAGCUUGAUGCUAGGCAAUGUAUGCAAGACGGCUGAGGCACGUGCCUUUGGCACAUGCACAAGGGUUCAUUGCUAUGAUUGCAACUUUGGCUAGCCGAGAUGUGUCUUUACUCCGUUAGUUG